UUUCCUAGUUUCCUAGUAGUACAUACCAGGCCAAUUACUUAUACUGCCAGGUAGUGAGUGACAGAGUACUUAGCUAGAUCUAGUUCGUGUUGCACUAGCCACAGUAGCCUAUAGCUGGUUUUCUGGCUUGUGACACUGUCAAUGUGAUAUGUAGAUGUAGCUAUUAUCUAGCUAGACCACAAAGACUACAGCUUAUAAUUAAGAUGAUUGACAAACUAACAAAAGAGAUUUGGAGGUUUAGGCUCAAUUGGGUUCUCACAUCUUUUGUUUUGGCAGUGCUAUAUGUAAGUGGAAUAAAGAAUCAGUUCUCAUCGCUUCAUAGAUAUGUGACAAAUCCAGAGCUGCAGAGCUUAAACGGAACUGAUCGUUAUGAGGUCGAGGCUGGACUAGGAGAAUCUGAGUUGUUCUACUCGGGAGUAAUGGCAACACUUCACUUUGGGGCUAUAUUCGGAGGUUUAUCAAUGGGAGUCCUUGUUAGAUUCCUUCCUUAUUGGUAUCUGUUUGUGUCCUCUUUAUGUUUGUUUGUGCUAGGAAGCACACUGUAUGCUGUUUCGUAUAUGAGCUGGUUGCUGAUAAUUUCCGAGCUUUUAAUUGGAUUCUUUAGAGGAGCAGCAAUGACUUUAAGUUACAGCUAUGCUGUGGAUAGCAGUAACACAUAUUCUGAGCUACAACAACAGAGAAGUGGUUACAAACCCAUCAUUGAAAUAAGCAAUGCAAAGAAAAGUGCUAAAAUACGUGACUUGCUCUUUGCAAUUGAAGGAGUAGGUCGUGGGGUUGGAUUCAUCAUUGGACCAACAACAUCAGUGAUAUUCUCCUAUCUCAUCAACGUUGAUCAUUUCCGAUCCAUUGGCUGGUUCAACAUGGCAUAUGGUGUCAUUGUGUUUAUCCUUAUUGUGUUUUUGUUUCAAGGGGAGAGCAGCUGCAAAGGAAGGUACCGUCAGGUGCACUGUGAUCUUGAACCUGUUAAAGAAUCAGCAUGCCUAAAGACAAACAAAAUUUCAAUAAUCAUCAUUGUCUCAAUGCACCUGCUAGCAUAUGUGGAGUCCACAAUGUGGGGGUACUUUGAAGCGUUACUAUCACCUGUGCUCAGUGACUCAUUCGGUUUCAGUAUCAAUUUGACUGCUUAUGUGUUUCUAGCUUUCUCUGUUCCGAAAAUCUCCGGAUCGCUUUUGGUGAUAUUAUUCCAAUGGUUGAAAGUCAGCAUUCAAGUGAUAGGCAUCAUAGGAAUAUCAAUAACAGUCUGUGGGUACAUUGCUCUUACAGACUGGCAAACUAUUCCAUACGACCCCUGUACUCAAUACAGUCCAUUCCAUCAUCCUGAAAUAGUACCAAAUAUCACAGUGAAAAACCAUUCCAUCUCAGCACAUGAGCAAGCACUACCAACUGGCAGUCUAUAUUUGUAUGGCUCUUUACAGCUGAGUUUUGAUAUUAAUGAUCGCACAAAAUCCGCACAGCUGCCGUUUGGAAUGCAUGGACAUUGUAGCAAAGCGAUAACUUGUGACUGUAACAAAGAAAAGAAAAUUUGUCUGGCAUACAUUUUAGAAAAUUCAGAAACCUUUGAGGUAAUUUCAGCUGACUCAAUCAGACAGCAAGAAGGAUAUGACCUCUUCAAGUGUUCUCUACUCUCCAAAAGCACAAUAUGUGUAAUGAGAUCAACUGAAUUUCACUUAAAAAUGUCACACACACAGGACAUGAAUGAAAAGAGAGCAGUAUAUACGACAGACCAACUCGCUAUAGCAAGCAAUAAUUGCAUAAAUGCUGUAAUACCUGACCAUUCGUGCCAUUGGAUACCCAGAGUUCGGUAUGGAGCAUUUUGCAAAGACUGUUCUCCAAUUUGUCGGAGCACUCAUAAAACGCUGCACUUGGCCCAACUUUUUAUUGGAUCAUCACUUCUUCUGAUUGGCUAUUCGUUGGUAUGGGUGACUGCUCUUGCAAUCAGCUCAAACCUUGCACCCAAGAAAUUGCAGGGAUUGAUCAUUGGUACACUAAGUGCUGCAGGGACUCUUUCAGAAGCCACAAGCCCAAUGUUUCUGGAUGCUAUCUAUGAAGGAAUGCAGAAACGGCUAUUUCCAUCAACAAUAGCUAUUUCCAUCUUCAGCCUGCCAUUCAUUCUUGAACUAAUAUUGCUACAAUACUGGAACAUUGGCUCAGCAGAGUCAGCAGACAAAGCGAAAGAUCAAAUUGACGAUUCUGAUUGUGACCGUUUAGAAAAGACAGAGACUGAUUAACAGAGCGAGUGUGAAUUAAUGCAUCUGCAUAUAAUAUAAAGCCUAUAGCUAGCUCUGUCAUCAAAAGAGACUUUUUAAUCAUGACAAAUUACAGGCAUGCUGUGUGUAGCAAAGUACAACGUUAUAAGGGGUCACAUAGAACUACAAACACGCAUGCAGGGUGUGUGUACUCAUAGUCCAUGCAGGCUUAUAAAAAGUCAUCAGUUAUGAUUAUGGUGAAAAAUUAAUGUGCUCACAUAAUUAAAUAUGAGUGAAAAGAGCUUUACACUGCAAUUAUGCUGCAUGCAAUAUUAUACAAUACAGAGGUAACCACAGAUAUAUUCUAUUUAUAGCCAAGCUUUUAGAAGCACUUUAAAAAUUUAAGAAGUGUCACAUUCCAAUGUGUACCUCCCUGCAUGCAUUUAUAUGGAAACUGAUCUGAUGUUGGCACUGCAUGCAGUAUAAUUAGAUCUAUAUAUGUUGUACUGACCGAAAAACAAGAUGGGAAAACUAACAAAGAAUUUGGAGACUGAGAUUGAACUGGGCUUUCUCAUCAUUUGUUGUAGUCUAGCAGUGUUAUUCACUGGUGUAACUAAGGAUCAAAUUGCUUCACUUCAUAGGUUGUGACAAAUCCCAGAACAGUCAACCUUAAUCAAAUCGGUGCUACAAAUUGGCAACAAUCGGCAUUGGGGCACUUAUCGGAAGCUUUUCGAUGGGAAUUCUUGUCAAAUAUCUACCGUAUUGGUAUCUUUUUUCAUUCUCUCUUUUUUCACUUGUCCUGGGUAGCGUUCUGUAUGCUGUAUCAAAUGUGGGCUGGUUGCUAAUGGUCGGUGAAUUUUUUAUUGGGUUGUUCGAAGGAGCUCACUUGACACUAAGCUACAGUUAUGCAUCAGAGAGCAGUGUUGAAUAUGUUGAGCUACUACAAGAAAGGGAUAAAGUAAGCAGUAUUAGAACUGCUAAGGACAGCUAAUGCGAAGGUACGAGACUUUCUCUAUGCGAUUGAAGGAAUCGGUCGUGGAACUGGAUUCUUCUUUGCACCUGCAAUGGCACUGGCUUUCACUUAUCUCCGGAUGGAUCACUUUCGAUCUGUUGGCUGGCUUAAUGCAGCACGAGGUGUUGCAGUGUUUCUACUUUUUGUCUUUUUGUUCCAUGACGAGAAACUGAAGUUUAAGGGGAAGUGUAAUCUGGAGCAUUGUGGUUGCUGUGUUAUGAGGUCCAAGCCCAAUACAACUUCUUUGGCAAUAAUAUCCUCUCAGAGUUUACUCUAGUUUGUGUGCAUAUUUAUAGACGUGCCUUAAAGGCUUUUGCAUAAUAUACAUUAUUUCUCGCUUUCCGAUCAUUUUCUUUGACACACAUUUUCACAUCAGUACGAUGUUCAUUCUUACAAGUAUUGAGCAUAUAAUAUGGGGAUUCUCAGAAACUUUACUAUCUCCAGUUCUCAGUGACUCAUUUGGUUUCGAUGUGAAAGUGACAGCUUACUUUGUACUUGCUUUCGCUGUUCUGAAGAUCAUUGGAGCCGUAUUAUUUGAUUGGGAUACCUUCAAAUGGCGACCAACACUUCAGCAGCUAUUUUCGAAGCCGGCUGCUGUCCAUCGCUGAGCACUGCAACGAUUGAGUUCAUCCCGAAGGCAGUAAAAGGCAGAGAGAGGAAGUUUGUUAUUCAAGCCCGUGAUUCUCAAGACAAACCCUAUCCUAAAGGCAGCGAGCCUGUGUACGCAACUAUUCGCCUGAUGGGGUCCGAAGAAUCCCCCACUAGUUUAGCUGUCACGGACAAUAAAAAUGGCACGUACAGCGCUUCAUUUAUGCCGACGAGUAUCGGAGAGCAUGUGUUGUCUGUUACUAUUAGCAACGAGCACAUCAAAAGAAGUCCGUUCAUCGUAUACGUGAGGGAGCCAAGGGAUUAUACCACACUAAAUGCAAGUAUCCAGACGUUUAAUGCAACUAAUGUUCGUGGUAUUUCUUUGGAUGAGCACUCAAAUUUAUAUGCUACACUUCAAAAUCACAGUAUCGUGGCUUUCGAUAAAUCUGGGGCGCAGUUUUCCCAACUCGGCACACCAGGUAGCAGCAGUAGUGAUGAUGGGAAAUUCUCUGCCCCAAGAGGCAUUCUCCUGAAAAAAGAUGUUAUUUAUGUUGCAGAUCGAGAUAAUCAUCGAAUUCAGAAGCUGAAAAUAUCCGGGGAGUUUAUAGCCAAAUUUGGUACCAAAGGAUCAGAAAAAGGCCAGCUGAGUGGUCCAAGUUAUCUAUACAUGAACCCUUAGGGAAAGAUGUUUGUUUCCGAGCAUGGAAAUAACCGAGUGUCUGUUUUCGAAGCUGACGGUCGUUUUUGUUCUCACAUCACUGGUCAGGGCCAAAAGGGAGGAGAAAUAAAGAGUCCUUACGGAAUUGCGAUUGACCCAACAGGAUAUCUGCAUGUGGCAAAUUACGGUGGAGAUACGGUGAAAAUUUACACUCAAGGUGGUGAAUACAUCUCUGAAUAUGGCGGUGAUAAGGUGACUAAAGCUUGUGGAAUCUGUAUCGAUGCUGAGGGUUAUUCUUUCAUUGGCACUUACACUAAACCGGGCCGUGUGGAAAUAUUUGAUCCGGAGCACAAGCAUAUCAAGACGAUAAAUGGUCAAACCAAUACCUGGCAUCUUACUCUCGAUAAUGAUGGCUUCCUCUACGCUGCUGAUUGUAGUAACAAUCAAGUAAUGAAGUAUUAGACUCUGCUGAUUUUUGGAUUUUUUACUGCACUAUCUAUUAAUGUGUGUGUGCCAGUGACUAGAUGCUAGUUAGCAUUAUUUAUUGCGGUGCACUAUCUAGUGCCAGUGA